CUAUGUAGUAGGAGUAAUAACAAAUUUGCCCAUAACCCCAUCCACCGAUAAAACAACAAAAUCCAACAUUCCAACCAAACAAACGCCAGCCACAGCCGCCGCCCGCCGCCCGCCGCCUUCUUGCUCCGUCGCCGGUGCCGAAAUGGGUACUCCCGAACACGUGGUAGAGAGAGAAAACGACGAUGUCGAGAGAGAAGAGGAAGGGGGAAGUCAAAAUGAAGGCCAUAUAGUAGAAGAAACAGAAGAAGAAGAAGAAGAAGAAGAAGAAGAAGAAGAGGAAGAAGAUUUGGAUAUAGUGAGAGAUGAUUUGGAGAGAGGCGAAGUACCAGUGGGUAUUCCUCAAGCCCAAGAUUCCAGUACAAGAACUAACCCACCUGAACCAUUUCACAUGUCAAGAAUGCAAAGACUGAGUGCCACGAACCCUCUCAGGCUUGUAAUCAACGGCGCCACAAGAGUCCCCACCGUCCCCUCUUCUCAGCCUCGGGCCGCUCCUUCUCCUGCUCAGCCUCCUCUCUCUACCCCUACUCCACAGCAAUCAGUAAUAACCUUGAAUUCGGGAACAUACACGAACAGAAUAUCGCUGUUUUUGUUCCUUCUCCACUUUGCGGUCGCUUGUGGACUAGUCGGCUUUCUUUUAUUUAAGGGGAUUCAAGGCCUAUUGAAAGCUGGUUCAACUCGACGGAAGGAGAAAAGGGUGUUAGAAUUUUUCCUGCCUCAGGUUGAAGCUGCUUCUUUUCUGAGCAUUGCACUUGCAUUUCUAUGGCAAAAGGCAGUGAGGGUGUGGCCCGAGUUUAUGGUUCAUUUCAUUCUUUGGAGCAGUUUCCUCAUGUCUUUAUCAGCUGGAAUUCUCCUAAUUUGCUUCCAAAAACCCCCAACCGAUGGGGUUGGGGUCCUCUUCAUUGCCUUCGCAAUUGGUAAUGGAUUGUAUGCUUGUUGGGUUACACAGAGAAUCGGGUUUUGUUGUAAGGUCUUGGUCAAAGCACUCGAACCCGUAUCAAAAUUUCCUGAUCUGAAUCAACCCACUUAUUGGAUGCUUGCGGUUGGGUUCCUAUGGAUGUCUCUGUGGAUUUUAGCUGUUGUUGGGUCCUUGAAUUUCUACUUCCCACCAUUGAUUAUCAUUGCAUUGGUUUUGAGCCUGUGUUGGACUGCUGAAGUGAUGAGGAAUGUGGCUAAUAUAACAGUGAGUAGGGUCAUUGCUCUGUACUAUCUAAGGGGCAUGCAAUUAACCACACAAUUCUGCUUCCAAAGAGCUCUUUCUACGAAUCUAGGAAGUGCUUGUCUUGGGUCCCUUUUUGUGCCUGCAAUUGAAGCGCUGAGAAUUUUCGCUCGAGGUCUGAAUUUGCUUGAGGGAGAAGACGAGUUCAUGUUUUCUUGUGCACAUUGUUGUCUCCAUGUCAUGGAGACCAUCUUCAGAUAUGGCAAUGGCUGGGCCUAUGUACAGAUAGCAACAUAUGGAAAAGGGUUUGUGAAGGCAUCACAAGACACUUGGGAGCUCUUUAAGAAGCGAGACAUGGAAACUCUUGUUGACUCCGAUAUGACCAGUGCUAUCUGCUUCCUCAGUGGAGUCUGCAGCGGCUCUAUGUGUGUUAUUGUGGUGGCUGCUUGGACCUCCCGAGUCCACCAGAACUUCACCGCCACCAUCUCCAUCCUAGCCUUCUUCAUUGGUUACCUCAUGACUAGGAUUGCCAUGGCAUUGCCUCAUGCAUGUGUGAGCUGCUACUAUGUAUGCUACGCUGAGAAUCCCGACAACAGACAGUUUGAUAGAACUGUGCCGGAUUGCCUCGACUUGAUGAAAUCUAACCGCGAUGCAGUUGUACCUACCCCUCGAGUGCCUCAUCGAUUCACACGUUAGCUCUGGUGGAAGUCCUUAACUCAUGUUGUGAUAUAUCCCCAUAUCAAAGUCUCUAAAAUGGUAAACACUCAGAUGGACUAUGGCUGCGUUUGGAUCACGGAUUUGUGUAGGGAUUUACCAAGAGAAAAGGAGAAGGGUUGGAAAACCAAACCAAAGUAUUUUGCUGCUUCAAUUCCUUUCCUGUCUACGAAUCCGUGAUGAUCCAAACACAAGGGCUUGGCAUCCAUCAAGUGAACUCAAGGUAAAUGUUUCCAGAACGGUGGUGGUGAAAGUUGUAAAUAUGAAAGUUCCAUCAAUAUUGCUUGGUUUUGGAAAUGGGAGGGCAUAAGGAGGGCCAACUGGGAUUUCUCAAGAUGGGUUUCUUUUGGAGUUGUCCCUUGUGUUUGUUCUGUAAGAUAGACUUCUGGGACUGCCAAAUUCCUACCACUGCUUUCGUAUUGAUUUAAUUAGUUUGCUAAAUGCAGGCAUUAUUUUAUCGCAGCGAUUAUUUUUGAAGUGAUGUUGUAAGGAUCAUCAUGAUUUGUUUCAAUCCAGUUCGACGUUGUAAAAAUUCUUAUCUAUGUGAAUGUAAUUUUUGCGCAAA